AGUUCCAAUAAUUUGUAAAAAGUAAACAUGUCAAAAAUUAUCUCUAGUCACAAUAUUACAGAAUAUAUAAUUAUUUAUUUACAAAAUAACUGAAAUAAUCAUGUUUUGUCCCCAUAAAAAUUCUUAUUUGCAACUUGUAUGCGCUAUGAAUCCCAGAGUAAUUAACAAGGCUGUAGACCAUGCUAUGGAAAGAGCUCACUUCGAUCCUCAUACAGAGUUGCCACCUGCUCAAAGAUUAGAAUCUAUGCAACCUUCACUGUACGCUCCGCAUGUGGAUAUAACGAGAGCUCAACUCGGCUUUGGGAGGAUUGGCCUCAGACUUCUAAAUCGAGCGUUACAUUCGACGGAUAACUUAGAGCAGUUGCAGGCAUUGCAUAGUGUGCUCGAUCAGGUACAAAUAUCAGAAAACGCAAUGUUUCUUAUCGACUUGCAGCUUGUAUACCGACUAAUAGACUUGAUGUUAGAUCGCGAUCCGAUUAUUAAAGAAAAGGUUUGCCUCAUACUUACCAGUCUAGCGACUUACUACCAAGGUAGGAAACGCAUUAUGUCAAGACCAGUCAUCAUUGAAAACCUCAUGCGGCUUAUAAUGAGAGACCGCAAGGAAAUACGAUACGCAGCAUCGUACACGCUGAAGACGUUAGCAAGAGAUAGAUGCGCCUGUGAGGUGAUAAUGCAAAAUGAACAAAUUAUUGAAAAUCUUCUCAAAAUGGUCAAGAGCGAUCACACAGGGAUCGUACUUUUGCAUCUGGCAACAUUGAUAAACCUCGUCGAAUGGGACCCAGUUAGAGCCUUGAAGGCCAAUGCCUUCCAAGUCAUGCUAAGUUUGUUCGAGAAUAGAGAUCCACGGAUUGUAAGCAAGGCUAUGGACUGCAUGUCACAGCUGUGCAAACACGACGUUGGCAAAAUUCUAGCAGACGAUUAUGACCUGACAUUUGUUUUGCGUCGUUUUAUAAAAUCUCCUCAUAUCGAAGUGGUUAUUAGCGCAGUUGGUCUAAUGGAAUAUACCACACUGACCACACGAUCGAAGUGGCGAGCUAAAGAAGCUUGCAACGAGUUAACAAGUCGCUUGGUACAUUUAUGUUGCACACACAACAAGCCUUUGCUGCAAAUGCGAUGUAUGCAAGUAUUGAUCAAUCUUUGCGACUCCCCAGACAUUAGAAAUCACAUGAAGUUCUAUUGGGAGAAAAAGGUGAAGACGAUAAAGAUCAGGACCCACGAAGAGUGGGAUGGAACUUCGGAGACGUCGAGUUAUGGACUAGAAACAGCACACAAUUACAGAACGAUGUGUAUAGAAAAGGUUGAAACGAUAAAGAAUGAUUAUGGAGAUAAUGCUGAGGUUGUCAACGUGCACAGUUAUUUGCGAACAGUUCUAGAAAUAAAAGAACGUUUACUUCGUGCAAUCAAUUGGAAACCUUAUAAAAAUUAAAUAAAAACACCACAAAAGUGGAAAAAAAUUCAAUAUUUGUCGUGUAUAUGAUCUACGUUUUUCAGAACGUAACUAUAUGUCAUGUAUAAAUGAGGCACUGUGCACAUAUUAUUCUUGAUUUUUGAUUAACUGCUUUCCUAUUCUGUUCGCCUGGUACUACUGGAUGGAAAGUGAGAAAAACCAAACCGAAAUAUUGGAAGUUCUGUGCCAAAACUUUGUUAAUAGUAUUUUUUAUGAAUAGUAUUUAUUUAUGUGGAACAUUUUAAUCAAACAAUGAUAAUGUAUAUUUAUGCGUUUAUUAGUUUAAAAUUGUUGAAACAAAAAUACAUUAUAAUACACUAGUUGAGCUACGUUUUGUUUCAUUAAAUACAUUUUUGUGCGUCCUAUGGCGGAUUUAUAGCAACUUCAGUCGUUACUGCACGCAGAUGUCACAAUUAUAGAAUAUCAACAAAAGGCCCUUCACACAUUAUGAUACUUACACAUUUUGUUACGUAUAUUCUACAUAUCUGGUACUAAUUGUUAGUUUUUCUAUUAGUGUAACGGGCUAUCUCUACAUUAAGUCAUAUGUUAUCGAAGAAUGGUUGACAAUAUGUGAUAUUGUACAUAUAACGGGGACAUUAUAUAUGGUGUUAGAGGACUCACAAUGGUGAAAUUUAGUAGAAGGUCCACGAAAUUAUGAUAAUAAAAAUGUGAUCAACUCUUAAGGUAUGGGGAAAGGUGCUAAAAUUACUACAAUUCGAGGGAUAUAACUUAUGGAUUGCUUAUUACGACUAGUGAAUGACCAACAAAUAGUACCCAUUACUAGAUGUUACGAAUUUCAUAAGGUGUGAACAGAUAUUCUUGCAUUUCUAAUACAAUAUUCUUAGUUACAGCCGUUCCAAUAUCAUUUACUUAUGCUUAACACAGUUCUAGAAGUCUGUUACAAUUUUGCCGAUAAAAAUCUUAUAAUUAUUUGCAUUGCAUUACUUGCAUCAUUUAUCAGUAUUUUACAUGUUUAAAUAUCUAAAAGUGCAUUAUUUUGAAUAGGUACAUUCAUAUUUAUAGUUAUAUAUACAUCCAAAACUUUAUAAGUACAGGUAAAAUCAGAAUAAGUAUGUUUAUUAUAUAGAAGAACAAUAUUUGAGCCCGUUGAAGACAUUGACGAAAUACUGUUUCUAAAAAUAGUAAUAAAUCAGACGAAAAUGGAUACAAAACACCGUAAAAUUUGACUUUAUUUCUCCAUAUAACAUUACAAAAUAUAGAUCUAAUAUUACAAUACAAAAUAUAUAAGAGCAGUAAAACCUUUGCUAGGUGAUGCAGUAAGAAUACAACAUGUCAUAAUAUCACCACCAGGAUAUUAAAGCCGUCAAGAGGUAAAUACUUCAGGAUAAGAUAUGGAAAACUGGGAGUAACGCCUUAUGUCAUACAUACUGCCGACUGGCUAUUAUGUUAACAGUAGGUUAAAAUCGUUUUAUAGAAUUAUUCUUU